CGUCCCCCGAGCGCCCGGAGCUGCGGGCAGCGGGCGGACUGUUAAACCGCGGCGGCGGCGUCAGCCGGGGCGGGAGCGGGGCGCGCUCUGGAGACGAGUCGGCGGCGCCCCGGGUGGGGGGAGGCGGGCGGACAGCUAGAGAUCGCCUCGGCGGCCCCCACCACGGCCGGACCGAAGGUGCGGCGGCGGAGGGCAGCCAGGGCGCCCCAGCAGGCUUCCAGUAAUUAUCUCCAGGAUUCGCCAUGACCCCAGCUCUGAAGGAGGCAACAACAAAGGGUAUCUGCUUUUCAUCUUUGCCAAAUACCAUGGAAUCUGACAAGAUGCUGUGCAUGGAAAGUCCGAGAACUGUAGAUGAAAAGCUUAAGGGAGGAGACUCUUUCUCUCAGAUGCUGGGAUUUCCGACUCCUGAACCUACUCUAAAUACUAACUUUGUGAAUUUAAAACAUUUCACCUCCCCUCAGGCUUCAAAACAUUUUCAGACAGUUCUUUUAAUGAGUUCUAAUUCAACACUAAAUAAGUAUAAUGAAAAUUAUAACCAAAAGAAAGUAAUGGAGUCCAACUGCUGUAAGCUGAAAAAUGUACUGUGUAAUGGCAGCAGCAUUCAGCUCGGUAAGAUCUGCCAUUCUCAUUCCGAGAAUGAGUUCAUCAAAAAGGAACUCUCAGAUACCACAAGCCAGUGCAUGAAAGACAUACAAAUCGUUUUGGAUUCAAAUCUCACCAAAGAUGCUAAUGUAGAUAAAAUACAUCUGCAAAACUGUAAAUGGUACCAAAAGAAUGCACUUUUGGAUAAAUUCUCUGAUACUAAGAUUAAAAAGGGUUUAUUGCAAUGCACUCAAAAGAAACUUGGACCUAGUCACUCAGAUGUGCCUACUAGUUCCUCAGCUGCUGAAAAAGAGGAGGAAGUGAAUGCUCGUUUGCUUCACUGUGUGAGCAAACAGAAAAUUCUACUUAGCCAGGCUAGAAGAACUCAGAAACACUUGCAGAUGCUCCUGGCGAAGCAUGUGGUUAAGCACUAUGGCCAACAGAUGAAGUUCUCUAUGAAGCAUCAGCUGCCCACAAUGAAGAUCUUUCAUGAACCCACAACAGUUUUGAGUAAUAGUUUACUUGAACACACUGAAAUUAAGCCAGAAGUCAACAUAUUGUCUUCAGAGAAUAAGUUUUGGGAUGAUACAAACAAUGGUUUUUCUCAAUGUACAGCUGCAGAAAUCCAAAGAUUUGCACUGUCUGCUACAGGUCUGUUGUCUCAUGUUGAAGAGGGUCUGGAUUCUGAUGCCACCGAUAGCAGCUCAGAUGACGAGUUGGAUGAAUAUACCAUUAGAAAAAAUGUGGCAGUCAACUCUAGUACUGAAUGGAAGUGGCUUGUAGACAGAGCACAAGUUGGCAGUCGAUGGACUUGGCUUCAAGCUCAGAUUUCAGAGCUGGAAUACAAAAUCCAGCAGCUAACAGAUAUCCACAGGCAGAUUCGUGCCUCCAAGGGGAUAGUGAUCUUAGAAGAAUGUCAGCUUCCAAAAGACAUUUUGAAAAAACAAAUACAGUUUUCAAACCAAGCAGUUUCAUUAAACACUUCAGUGAAUUCUCAGGUCCCCCAGAGGAGUGAAGAGCCUUUACCAGAACAUGAUUUUGAGAUGUCACCAAGCAGCCCUACACUACUUCUUCGAAACAUAGAGAAACAGAGUGCACAGUUGACUGAGAUCAUUAACAGUUUGAUUGCCCCUCUCAACUUGUCUCCAACUUCAUCACCCCUCUCUUCUAAAUCCUGUAGCCACAAAUGUCUGGCUAAUGGCAUUUCCAGAAGUGCUUCAGAGAAUUUAGAUGAGCUCUCUUCCUCCAGUAGCUGGUUACUUAAUCAGAAGCACAGUAAGAAAAGGAGAAAAGACAGGACACGAUUGAAAUCUCCAUCCUUGGCUCUCAUGAGUACAGCUGCCCGAACAAGGCCCCUUCAAAGUUUCCAUAAAAGAAAACUCUACAGAUUGAGUCCCACUUUUUACUGGACUCCUGAGACUUUACCUUCAAAAGAAGAAUUUUUAAAUACCACACAGAUGCCUUACAUGGGAUCACCUUUAAGUUGGAACAAUUGGGAAGAGAGUUCCAAGUCUCACCUGUUAAGAGAACAUGUUUCAAAACUAGAUUCCUCUUUUCAUCCUGUGUUGUCAUUGCCAUCAGAAAUUCCUCUUCAUCUUCAUUUUGAGACAUUAUUCAAGAAGACCGACAUGAAAGGAGAGCUUGCUGAAAAUAAACUUGUAGGUGACUGUGUCUUGUCGCCACCACCUGUACAAGGCACUUCUCUGAAUCAGUGGAGAAAUGGAUAUUCACCUAUAUGUAAGCCUCAAAUAAGGUCACAAUCAUCUGCACAACUAUUACAGGGAAGAAAAAAAAGACAUUUAAGUGAAACAGCAUUAGCAGGAGAAAGAACUAGAUUUGAAGAAUUUGCUUUUCAACGUUCAGAACCAGGAUCUCAUUGCAAUUUUACUGCUGUCUCUAAUGCCAAUGUUACAUCAAGAACCCAGAAUUCAUCCUCACAAAAUACUGUACGACGGAGGUUAAGAAGUGAGAGCUCUUAUGAUAUAGAUAACAUUGUGAUUCCCAUGUCAUUAGUAGCACCAGCCAAAUUAGAGAAACUCCAGUAUAAAGAAAUACUUACUCCACGCUGGAGGAUGGUUGUUCUUCAGCCCCUUGAUGAACAUAACUUAAACAAAGAAGAGAUAGAAGAUCUUUCUGAUGAAGUCUUCUCCCUAAGACACAGAAAAUAUGAAGAGAGAGAGCAAGCUAGGUGGUCACUGUGGGAGCAAAGCAAAUGGCACAGAAGAAACAACAGAGCUUACAGUAAAAAUGCGGAGGGGCAGGACGUGGUUCUGAAGGAACACUCAAGUGAACUUGGCAGUGCUCAGCAGGGUAUUACAGAAAGUCCUUUUGAGCUCCCAGCAGAAAGCCACAGUCUCUGUGCUCAGGACUCCCUUUCUUUAAACGAUGGUCAAGAAGUCAAGUCUUUGCGGUGGGAACGGCGAGCUUUUCCAUUGAAGGAUGAGGAUACAGCAGCCUUAUGCCAAGAUGAAAGAAAGGAUCAGACUGAGGGGGCAAGCGCAGCCUUCCACGAUGAAGUCUUCUGUGGCAGUGCACCUGAGAAUGGCCACCCUCCAAGAAGGCAGUUAGAUGGAACGGAAGAAUAUAAACUCUUUGGUAUAGGAGUUACUAAUGUUAAAAGAAAUAGGUGACAGGGAACAUAUUAAGGAAAAAAAUAUGUUACUGAAAGGAAAAGAGGAACAAAACCUGCACCCUCUCUUCUGGAUCUCCACCUCCUCUGGUCACAGUUCCAGAACAGGAGGAAGUGCCACAUGUAUCCAUCUUUCACUGUUCAGGGAACAUGCCAGAAGUCUCUUUUUGUUCUUCCUGAAUCACAGAAGGAAGCUAGCUUCUCACCUACACAAAUGCUAGUAACUUGUGUUUGCCAAUAAUACAAAUCACAAGCACUAAGAUAUUAACUGCUGCAAUUUGAUGACAAAUCACACCUCGGGGCAUUUGUUGAGGUAACAGCCCCUCCCUGACAGUACUGUUGAUUUGCAUUAAAUGACAACUAUUCUUUGUUUCUAUUCUUAUGGCAGUUCACUAAAAUUGCCUCAAUAAUACGAGAUUAUACUAAUGUGUAUACAGAAUAUAUACACAUACAAUGCACACAUCUGUAGUCUUAAAACUGCAUGUAUGAACUACUCUAUGCAAUGUAAGUUGCCAUGAAUACCAAGCACAGGUGCUGACUGAUAACAGACACCUGAAAGCUUUGACUGUGGAGAGGGAGUUGUUUUUUCUUUUAUUCUAAACAUUGUUUAACCAAUAUAAGUUAUUUAUGGAAAUUCUUGUAUCAGAUAACGCACUAUUCAUUUAUUUGAAAUCAUUGUUCUCUCCUGGACUAACCACAGGCUUUCUGCUUCCUCCUAACAGAAUUAAGAGAAGCGACUUAAGAGUUUAAUAUAUUGAUACAUUUAAAAACUAUUGUUGGAAAUUCACUCCGAGUUUCACUUGCUUUAUGUACCUCUUCAAGACAGCAAUUUAAAAUGUAAAACAGCAUACAAAUCAUAAUAUAGUUGUAAUUCUAGCUAAUGAACAGCUAGAAACUCCUAAUUUGGUUUUUCCUUACCAUAGCUUACAUAAAUACCUAUGCUUACAGGCAUCCUAGAUCAAGAAUUCAAGCUUUCCAAGACCAAGACUUCAAUAUAGAAUACUGAGGAGUGUACAUUAAGGAAAAUUCUUUUUGAAGCCAUACCAUUUUUUUUUCCUAGAUGAAAGUUAAGGACAAAUUGUAUCAACCACUUUUUGUUAUGCAAAGAAAGGUUACUUGAUUUGUAGUUCCCAUACUACUGAAAAUCCUGGCCAUAGAGCUUGGAUUCUGUUGGAUUAGAUACUUAAGGUGUUGUUGAAGAUUAGAAAUUAAACUGAUCCUGCAGAAGGGGGGUGGGGAACCAUUUAAAUUCAAUACUUACAAACUUUUGCUUAUAGUUUUACUGUACAUUUAUUUUUAAAGAAAAAGAUAACAAAAGCCAGAAAAAUACAAGUUGUCCCAGCAAAUAAUUUCAAAUCUUUGUCAUGACUGAUAUUAUAACCUUCUACAUAGUUUUUUUUUAAUUAAAGUUAUUUCUAUAUGCCUUGUAUUGUGUGAUUUGAUUAAAUGCACAAACCUUUCAUAACCUAAAAUAAAAACAAAUAUUAAUAAACUUUUACCUUACAGGGCAGGAAAAAGCCCAAGCAA